GCCCCUUCAGGCAGCCUUAUCCUCCCCAAGAUGGCGGCCGCGGCGCUGCUUCGGGGCGCGGCUCCGGGGCGCGGCGGUCCGGCCUGGCGCUGGCGGCUGCGCGCGGCCCCGAGGCGUCGCCUGGCCCACGGCUCGGGCCGUCACGGCGACGACCCCGCGAGCGGCGCGGCCUGGGCCUGCUUCCCGCUGGGCGAGCGCGCCUUGGUGCGCGUGCGCGGGCCAGACUCCGCGCCCUUCCUUUUGGGGCUGCUGACCAAUGAGCUACCGCUUCCGGGUCCUGCGACCGGCGCGGCCCCGCCCCCAGCGAGGGCGGGCUACGCCCACUUCCUCAACGUCCAGGGCCGCACGCUCUAUGACGUCAUCCUGUACCGACUCCCCGAGCACGACGAGGCGCCCGCCUUCCUCCUGGAGUGCGACCGCGCGGUGCUGGGCGCGCUGCAGACACACCUGGCACUGUACAAGAUCCGGCGGAAGGUCACGGUGGAGCCGCGCCCCAAGCUGCGCGUGUGGGCUGUGCUGCCCCGCACCCCGGAGGAGGCCGGCGGGGCUGCGCCGCUGCCGGAGCAGGCGGAGGGGACCACCAUCCUCACCCGCGACCCCCGGACCACCCGCAUGGGCUGGCGGCUUCUCACCCAGGACGAGGGCCUGGCCCUGGUGCCCGGCGGCCAGCUGGGAGACCUCCGGGACUAUCACCGGUACCGGUACCAGCAAGGCGUUCCCGAGGGGAUCCAUGACCUGCCCCCAGGAGUGGCCCUGCCCCUGGAGUCCAACCUGGCUUUCAUGAAUGGUGUCAGCUUCACCAAGGGCUGCUACAUGGGCCAGGAGCUGACGGCCCGCACCCACCACAUGGGCGUCAUCCGCAAGCGCCUCUUCCCCGUGCGGCUGUUGGGCCCUCUCCCAGCCUGCGGCAUCAGCCCUGGCGCCUUGGUGCUCACUGCUUCGGGGCAGGCAGCCGGCAAGUACAGGGCAGGCCAUGGGGACGUGGGCCUGGCCUUGCUGCGGUCAGAGCAUAUCAAGGGCCCUCUCCACAUCAGGACGGCUGAGAGUGGCCAGGUGGCCUUAACUGCGACCGUGCCGGACUGGUGGCCCACAACCACCAAGUAGCUCUGGAGCUGCCAGGGGCCGUGGAGGGCCCUGUGCAUCUUCUGCGCUCUGCAGGCUGGCCCCCACUUCCCAGGUUGUCUGGUUAAUGCACACCCCCCCCUCGGAGGCCCCCCAGUGGCAUGGGCCCCUCGGGGUUGUGGGCAUUGUUGGUGUGCAGGUAUGGCCCAGACGUUUCCCACAGAGGGUCUGAUGCCCAGCUGUGGCUGUCCUCUCCCGGCUGCUCUGUGGUCAGGCGGGGCAGGAGCCCUCUGGCAGCCGGAGGGUGAGGACAGGCAGGUCCUGCACCUGCUUCUGGGCUGAGCUGAGCUGCAGCUUCUGCCCGAUGAGGAUGGAACCCAGCUGUAUGGCUUUAGAGGGCGUUCAGCCAUCCGCCGGGACAGGGAUGGUCCAGGGCCUUGCCCCUGGGCUGCCUGCACCUGUCUCCAUCUGGGGUUGGCUGAAAGGACAGGUGGUCCCUGGGAACUGCCUAACCAUGUGCGGGCUGUGGAACCCCGACAGCAUUUCAGGUGGGGUCCCCACCUGUGCACCGUGGUCUCGGCAGCAUGCGCCUCAGCCCCGGAGCUGCUCAGGGUGCAGGGAGGAGCUUCUGCUUGGUUUCCUUGCUGCUGGUUUGAGAUGUUGCUGUGUCCUCACAGUAAGAGCUGACUCCCCCCCCUCCUUAAACCACUGACUUCCGUUGUCCCCUGCAAUGUGAACCCCAUGCUUACAGGGUGUUCCACUUGAUGUUCCAGGGUGGCUAUUAAAGCGUGACCCACCAGCA